CGCCUUCUUUGCGAUAACCCGAUAAUAUUUGCGAUCCUCCGAUAAUUAAUCACUUUAUAAGGGAACCCAUGGAUCUUUCUCAGCAGUUCUCUAACCGAGUAUGAAGAUUCUCGUAUUGGCUGGUUACUUCCUUGUCUGCGUGGCCCUGGCCAACGCCGAGUUGCAGGAAUGGGUAGAAAUGAUUGAAGAUAAUUUAGAUGAAAUAGAAGAACACGAAUUCACUGUCUAUUCCGAACCUAUUCCUGACUUCAUAGUGGACGAUGAAGGCAACCCAAUACAUAUCAACCCAGAUGAUGAAGAUUACGAAGAGGACGAAUCCGUCGAAGAAACAGCCAGCAAAAUUUCCCAGCGAGUUUCCUUCCACGUCUUCAAUCCAAGCCACCCGAACACUUACACAGACAUUUACGUCAACGACACCAAGUCUUUGAGAGACAGUGAUUUCGACCUUACAAAACCAAUCAGGAUCAUCACUCACGGAUGGGUCAAUUCCAAGAACAGCGAUGCUUGCACCAUGGUCAAAGAUGCCUAUCUCGCAAACGGUGAAUACAACGUGAUCGUCGUCGACUGGAGCAAAAUCUCCAAAAACCCCUACCUCUACGCCAGUAACCGCGUCAAGACUGUAGGAACUUACUUAGGCGAGCUGCUUGACUUCUUGGCGAGACAGGGUGCCAAGUUGUCCGAAGCUGUUCUUGUAGGACACUCCCUGGGUGCUCAUAUAGUUGGAUUGGCUGGAUAUUAUUCUAGCAAUCAGAUUGGACACAUCGUUGGUCUGGAUCCGGCUCUUCCUCUCUUUUAUACCUCAAGGGCUGGCUCUCGUAUCGCAAAGGGUGACGCGAAACACGUACAAAUCAUCCACACGAAUGCUGGUGUUCUUGGUUACUACUCUGCCAUUGGUGAUUCCGACUUUUAUCCAAAUGGUGGUGGCAGUCAGCGUGGUUGCUACGUUGAUAUCGCUGGUUCAUGCUCGCAUUCUCGUGCCUACAAAUAUUACGCUGAGUCGAUUGGGGCGACCAAAGGUUUCGUAGGGCUCAAAUGCAAAACUCACUGGCGCUACCAGUGGGGCUUCUGCAAUGGGAAUUCAAAGGGUCUUAUGGGAGGUGCUACACCGUCUACAGAUGUCAAGGGAGUGUACUACUUGAAGACUUCGAAAUCAAGACCUUACGCCAAGGGUUAAAAUCUUGUAAUUUUUAACCUGAUUUUUUUUAACACGUCAUUUGGAAUGCCUCUGGAAAUUUAUAGAAUCGUCUAAUCCGAUAUGCCAAGAGAUUAUUACGUAAUAGUCCGCUAUUGUAUGCAAACUCAAAUGUUGUCUCUUUACGGAGAUUAAGUAUUUCUGGUAGCCAUUUGCUACCCUCAUAUCCGCCAUAUCCGAAUAAAAUUAAUUCUGAAAAUUAAGUUCUUUAUUAAAUCAAUUAUGCAAUUUAAUUAUCACUUUCUUGGUAUUUAUUUUAUCUGUUUAACAGUGUGCAUAUUGUUUCGUACCGUGAAUGUAUUGUUUAUUGCAACGGGUGUUGUUGCACUUGAAUAAUUAGUCAAUCUAUGAAGCUGGGCGGUUCGGGUAAUAAUACUUGAUAAGUGUUGCGCGAAGGAUAAAAAAUGCAGACAUUAAUAGGAGAUAAAUUCUGAUAAGAAAAUUAAAAAAAAAAGCAAAACUGAACAAAGGCUAUUGCGAAAAAGUGGGA